AUGGAACCACCUGCGGAGACUUCUUGCUCUCAACAACUUUCAUCCAUUAAUAGUAAUAAUAAUGCUAAUAGAGUCUUCAGUUUGGACGAGAAAGUAAGACAUACGAUGGAACGAGGUGCAUCGACAGCUCCACCGACUACCUACCAGCUUCAGAUUGAUCCCAACAUUACGUUUAACUCCGUUAACCGUCCAUUCGAAGAGUUGCCAGAAAACUUUUUGGAAAGUAUAAGUCCACAGCAAAACCAAAGUUCUGCGCCACAGGAAAGUCCACAGCUUGCACCACUGGCACCUAUGAGUCUUGGUUCAAAUGAUAAUUUCGGGAAAUCAUCUGAUUUCAAUGCUUAUGCAACCCUGGCACCUAUGUCGGCAACACCGUCGUAUGUAGGUACAAUGAAAAUUGAACCGUUGCAAGAUCAGCUUCAUAGCACUUCCAUGCAACACAGCAGUCAUUCCUCCGGUUUAGAUAAGCUAAGUUUUAGCUCCGGUCCGGCUGGUCUUCUUUCUCCGUUGCAAACUACGGCGCGACCAGAUAGUCUUGUUUGCUCAAGUUUAUUGAGUGCCCAUCAGAAUGGUGGACGUGCAAGUGAAAUGUUAGCUGGUUUACGAAGACAUCAUCCAUACAUCAAAGAAGAAGUCGAUUUGGGACAGGAUUUCAAAACGAUGGAUUCCUCCUUUAUGUCCCAUCAACCUCAGCAGUCGGCUAAUUUGCUGGGUCAGGAUGAUCAUCAACAAGAACUUGACCACCGUUUGGCGAAUGCUGAAACUCCUCCGGCAGUGAGUAAUGUAGAGCUUGCAAGUUCCUUCAUUGCAACAAUGAUAGGCGAGCAGCCGCCAAGUUCACCAGCACCACAACACACUAUAUUUCGCCAAAGUCGACGUAAUUUUUCUUCCGUGGAUACGACUGAAUUGCGUAGCAGCGAAGAUCUUGAAGUAAAUGCGGCAGAAACAAGUGGUGAUGAUUUGACAUUUGCUGAUGAUAAUGGUGAACCGACAAGUACAACCAGACUCACUUCUACUGUUGGUGCACCGCGUGCUAGUUAUUCAACUAAGGACGCUACAGAUCCUCUGAAUGCAGAAAUAGACGAUGACAUUUAUAUCGAUACGACUGAUUUGUGCAAGCGAAUUGCUUGGGAACUUAAGCAGCAUUCUAUACCUCAGGCUAUCUUUGCUGAAAGGAUUCUUUGUCGGAGUCAAGGAACACUUUCUGAUUUGCUGAGAAAUCCAAAGCCUUGGAACAAAUUAAAGUCAGGAAGAGAGACAUUUAGACGAAUGUUUAACUGGGUACAACAACCACUUGAACUGCGAUUGGGUAUUCUUGAUAUGUACAAAGGAAAAGGGGGUAUGUUACCGUCUUCGAUGAGUCCACCUACUCCAGCACAGAAUGCUCGACAAGGUUCACGACAUAAAGGUCGAGAUGGCGAUGGCUUGAGUAGUACCAAAAGGCCUCGACUGGUUUUUACCGAUAUCCAGAAAAGAACUCUGCAGGCUAUAUUUAAAGAAACACAACGUCCAAGUCGUGAAAUGCAGCAAACAAUUGCAGAACAUCUGCAGCUGGAUCUCUCGACAGUAGCGAAUUUUUUUAUGAAUGCUCGACGAAGAUCCAGAAGUGGUCCGUUAAUGGGUGAUGCUCCAGCACCCUAUCAACAAGUACGACCAAUUACACCACCUCCUGAAUCACCGCCACAACAUCGAAAUCCGAAUAAAGCACGUGGUAAUCGCCAUAUUUCACGUAGUGAUGGCGAGAAUUCGUCUGUCACAAGUAGUUCACGAAUCGAAACUACGGUCGCACAAGUUGUUGAAGAAGCAGCUGAGUAUGCACGGCGCUACGAUGAGGGCACUUAUUCUGAUGAAAAAAAUUUAAAAUUUCGUAUUGGUGAAAUAGACAGCAGUGUUGGAAUAGAGGACAAUAACUCAAGAAUAGAUUAUGAAGAUCAGGCACCGGAAUAUAAGAUGAUCCGAUUGUCAAACGACCACUCCCUUUCAAUAGAUUCGAGGCAAAUUGCUACAGCAGAUGAGUUGUUAGCAAGCGAACUCCCAGAUGAUGAAGCACAGUUGAACCCGGACCCUAACACAAGUAUGCAAGCCGUUAAAACUGUGAAUGAUAAAGAUGAAAGUGUUUUCUUGGUGUCAGUUCCGGUAACAGCGGAAUCUGAAUGUGAUACUGUCGAGCAGCAGCGAUUGCACCCAGUGAUGUCUUUUGGUAAUAAAAUGAUAAUAGUGAAAGUAGAACAGCGAGAAAAUCCAACUUCGAAUGCUGCCGCUAACUCACAUUAA